AGCUGCUGUGGUGGUGAGCCUCAUCGACCGGCAGCGACGACGCACAAGAGCCUAGCUAGCUUCUUACUCCAAGCUAAGCGAGCUUCAGUGUCGGCAGCAAGCAGCUAGCGGAAGAGAGAAGAUGAAGAGCAGCACGCGCGCUCUGCUGGCGCUCCUGGUCCUCCAGACCGUCCUGAUCUCUGCCACCGUGGCGAAAUCCAACGGCGUGGGCACAAGCGCUGCGAAGAAGGCGUGCUGCUCCACCUGCACCAGCUGGUCGGGCGUCUACACCUGCGACGACCUGCUGACCAAGUGCGCCGCCACAUGCAAGAACUGCGCCGCCGUGCCCACAGACAAGGGCACCCGCUACAGGUGCCGCGACUUCCUCCCCGAGGGCUGCCCCUGCAAGGCCAACUGAUCAUCAGAUAGACCGACGCAUGCUCCGUCCACGUUGCAAGACAUCAAUAAUCCGUUGAUGUUUGCCAUUUCUUUUUUUUUGAAAUAAACUGUUUGCCAUUUCUACGCAUGUAUCUCGUCCCAGUCGAGAUGGAGAAUAAAAAUUAAGCCAGGUGGACUAGCCUGUUAAUCAGUAUAUAUACCUGUUCGUUCUCGGUC